UUUAAAAGGCCACUUUAGGAGUCCUGGCUUCACUUUGAUGAGCGUCACGAUGAAGAGAACUGUGCUGUAUAUCAGCAUCUUUGGGCUGCUUCUGGCUUUUGGUACCACUCAAACCAAGGAUGAUUGGGAGAUCUACAGCUUUCACAUCAACUCCACAGUGACCAGCCGUUACGCUACCACCGUCAUCAACAGUCGUGUGGCCAAUCGUAAAGACGAGUCCAAAGAAAUAGAAUUCCACGUCCGAAUUCCCAAGAAUGCCUUCAUCACCAAAUUCAGAAUGUUUAUGGAGGGCCAGGUGUACGAUGGUGUCGUGAAGGCUAAAGAAGAAGCUAAAAAACAGUACACUGAGGCUGUAUCCCGUGGAGAGAGCGCUGGCAUAGUCAGUUCAGUUGGGAGGACUCUCGAGGAGUUCAAGACCUCAGUGACUGUAGCCGCUCACAAAAAGGUGACCUUUGAGCUCACGUACGAGGAACUACUCAAACGCACACUGGGCAAGUAUGAGCUGCAGAUACAUGCUCGCCCCAUGCAGCCUGUCAAAGACUUCAAGGUGGGUGUGCAUAUAGACGAAAAAGCAGGAAUCAGUUUCAUCGAUGUUAAAGGAGGACUUAGCACCGGCGUGCUUGCAAAUGCCAUCACCAAAACGCAUGUAGACAAACAGGCCUCGAUCUCUUUCAACCCCUCAGUGGACCAACAGAAAACAUGUGAGAGCUGUGGAGAAGCGGGUAUGAAUGGAGAUCUUGUAAUAGUUUAUGAUGUCAACAGAAGCAGGUCACUGGGGGACAUAGAGACAUCAAAUGGGUAUUUUGUACAUCACUUUGCUCCAUCACAACUUCCCCGCAUUCCGAAAAAUGUUGUCUUUCUCAUUGACAAAAGCGGUUCCAUGCAUGGCAAGAAAAUAGAACAGACUCGUACAGCAUUAAUCCAUAUCCUGAAUGACCUUGCGGAGGAUGACUUCUUUGGUCUCAUCACUUUUGACCACAGCUUGGCUUACUGGAAGCGAGAACUUGUUCAGGCAAACUCCCAAAAUGUGGAUCAAGCCAAACAAUUUGCACAGAAUAUCAUGGAUAGAGGAGGUACAAAUAUUAAUGAUGCCUUGUUGGAUGGAUCACGUAUGCUAAAUGACAACCCCAGGAAAGGUUCAGCUUCUAUCCUCAUACUCCUCACUGAUGGAGACCCAACCUCAGGUGUGACCAAUCCCGAAGAAAUACAAUCAAAUGUGAUGGAGGCCAUUCAAGACAAAUUCCCACUCUACUGUCUUGGUUUUGGUUUUGACGUCAAUUUUAAAUUCCUGAAGAAGCUGUCCUUGCAGAACAAUGGUGUUGCACGCCGUAUUUAUGCUGACUCUGACGCUGAUUUGCAGCUGAAGGGAUUCUACGACGAGGUGGCUAAUCCUCUUUUGACAGAUGUGACUAUGAUCUAUGGUGGCGGGGCUAAUCUGACGCAGACCAACUUCAGCCAGUAUUACAGUGGUUCAGAGAUUGUGGUGGCCGGUCAGAUCACUGACAACAACAUUGAAACCUUCUCCCCAAGAGUUGUGGCCAUUUCAAGGAACGCAAGCAUUGUUUUCUCUGAGGAAAAGGGUACCACAGAGUUGACAGAUGACAGCAACAUCCAGAGAGUUUGGGCCUAUCUGACUGUCAAACAGCUUCUGCAGAAAGAGUUGCAGUUAUCAGGAGCAGAGAAGGAGAAAUUGAAGAAUGAGACUUUGAGGCUGUCACUCAAAUAUAAUUUUGUGACCCCACUAACGUCCAUGGUGGUCACAAAACCAACAGAGGAAACCACGGAAGUGCUUGACAAACCCAUUGAAGGACGUCCACAUCGUGGGGGGUUCACUUUCGGAUCGAACAGCCAAAAUGUGGGGACUAGUUUACACAAAUUCAGUGUACGGGGAAGCUAUCCUCGUGCUGGAAUUAGUCACAAGCUACAAAGCAGGCCUAUUUCAGGCGGCAGAAGCGGUUUACCAGGUCUUCCUGGUCUUUCUGGAGCCAGUGGGAGUUCACCAGGUCUUCCAGGAUUUUAUGGCGGCAGAAGCGGUUUACCAGGUCUUCCUGGUCUUUCUGCUUCUCCUGGACUUCAACAUGACUUUCUAAAAGUGGAUGAUGACAUUCAAUUUGUUUCACGAAAAGUUCAUGCUGACGUUCAACCCACAUUUGGAGGACCCAAAUUACUUUUAUUACCGACCUACCCGCCUUCAGUCUAUGCAAAAAAUCACAUCCAGUUUUUGCACCCCGCUGAGGCUCCAGCUAUUUCACUGUGUUUUGGUAUUCCUGGAGAAACAAUACUUCGACUCUUUCAUUUGCCCACUGGAGAUCUUUCUGUAAAUGGUGAACUGGAUACUACAAAAGGCUUCAAGACGAUUGUUGUCCACUUUGAGAAUAAUGGCACGAUUACUGUGAACACGGGCCAUAUAACCAUUGAAUACGGACAGCUAGGACUGAGAGAGCUAUGGAAUGGAGUACCACCAGAGGAGACCACCACUGUCGGAAGCGUGACAAUGAUUACUCGGCACAGAGAAAUUGAUAUCACAAUUGGAGGAAUGCAGUUGAUCAUCUUGCGUCAUACGAUCUCUGGAGACCAAUACCUGUGGCCAACUUUAAAGCAGAGGCCAUCACAAGAGAAUGCUGAAGGAAUCUUAGCACAAAAGCCAGCGGUUUAUGAAGAAGUGCACCAACCUCCUUUUGCACGACUUAAAAUUAAUAACCAGGAAGUUAGUGUUGGCAGUAGAAUGUUUGGUCUUGACAACAGUUUUUCUCCACCUUUGCCGAUGCCUUGCUGGCCUGUGUCUAUUGAGACAGCACUACAAGCACCGUUGGAAAAAUUCAUAAUCAACUCUAUAUAAUGAAGACCCAGGAUUUUGGAUACAUUUAUUUUUAAGUAAGCAUGAUGCAAAGACAUUGAACACAUCAUGAAAAAUAAAGUUACCAAGUGUGUGUGAGUUCAUAA